AAGUUUCUGUCACCGGUUGGUUUUCUAGCAUCUUCCUUCAAACACCUUGCUUCCCACCAGAGAUUGAUUAUUUGCGUGCCUGAGUGAGUCGCCGUCUCCCAACAGAUAUCAGAAUCAGGUUCUCUCUGUGUAGAUCCUUCUAGCGCCUUGCUAAGUAUCGUCCUUGCAGAAGAGUUGGGAUUAUACGAUUCUCGGUCUGAAGUCGGACGGGAAUUGUGAAUUUUACUAUGGCUCAAGUUGGUAAUGAUUGCUACUUCUUCUACUACUCGAGCUGCAAGAAGGGUCCCGCUUGUUCAUUCCGACACAGUGCCCCUGCACUUGGCAAGGAAGACGUCUGUCAAGAUUGGGCCAGAGGAAGCUGUAUUGUUCCGAAUUGUCCACGUCGCCACAUGGCAAUACAUAAUGACCGUGGCAGCAUGCCAUGCUACUUGGAGUCUCAGCUAAUGGGGUGUAUCAAGCCGUUCUGCCCAUUCAAGCUUUUGAAGCUCCGUCCUGCUGCACCUCUGCAAACUGGCCAAGUACAACCCACUACGACUGCACCCCAAGGAAAUCCAGUCAAAGCUGGACCAGCGCAGGUGCUUCCACCUGAUUUCAAGUUGCUGAUAACCAUACCUGGUGACAGCAGUGCACAGCGCAGCCCUACCAUCCGGACUAUUGGCAAUUCUCAAGAAAGACUGCGACACGCCCGAACACAAGGGGCUGCCACCGACUCGACUGCCGCUGACUCCAGAAUGGAUAUGAGAAGAGCAACUCGAGCCAAAAGCCGAUACCAUUUGGUUCAUGCUCGCGAUCAUCCAAAUCAACAGCAUAGAUUUGGACCUGCAAGGCAUGGUCCAAUUCGUUUGUUACCAACGAAAAGGGCAGCAUUUGUUCAGCAAAAAGACCAAACGAAGCCGUUAGCCAAACGACGCAGGCCUGAGGUACUACAACCGUGAAAAUUCAUUGGUAUAUCAAUGAAUGAGUUGUGUGUGCGUGUAUGUGUAUGUGUAUGUGUGUGUGUGUCCCAUAUGGUGCAGUGGUAUGUGCAGCGAUUUCCAAUCGAUAGGUUGCGGGUUCGAUUCCCGACGAAUAUGGUCACACGCGUCUUUCUUCUCUUUCUCAGACUCUUCCUGACUUUUCUUUCAUUCUCCUGGGUGGUUACCAACAGCCAGUGCAUGCCGGAGGGUGUGGUGUGAUGUGUGUGCGGGAAAAACAUGAAAAAGACCAAAAAUAGGGAUUCACUGGCCCGAAAAAAAUCACUUCAAAUAGCUGUAUGGUGUAGGCCAGGCUGAAUAGUGACGGGCAAUUCUUCAGCCUUGCAAGCUGGUGAAUGGUGCAAUCCCAGCACAAGUUGCUGUGGCUUCUGCCGUAGCAUUGCUAUCAUC